GCUGCCACUAAUCGAAAAUUCAUGAUCGACCAUUUUCGAGGUUUGAGGUCCUCCUGCAAGCACUUUGCCAGGCCAUGUGUUGUUUCAAUUCCACGAGAUGGAGGGAGCAUUGAGCAUUGCCAGCACACAAAACAAACCACGUCGAGGAACACCUGGCAAUCCAGCAAGCAAAUACGCGCCCCGCAACGCACAGUAGCGCAGUGGGUGUGCUCCCGUCACGGUUCACCGCACGCGUCGUUGUUGGCGGCAGUUUUCUGGCCGACCGUUACAGCACGGGCGCACAUGGGCAACGGGCACCCAGGUCCAGAAAAUGCGGAGAGAGGCCGGCUUCUCCACCUUUCCUCCACCGCCUCGACCGCUUGUUUGUAUCCGGUCCCAUCCACUAUCAGAUCAUGACCGGGUCUGCUAAAGGGAGUGCAGCAAACGGGGAAUCUCUUGCGGUGAACUGGCCAGAGACGAAAUUGGAAAACCCGGCGGAAGAGAGGCGCUGGUUAGCCAAAUCAGAAGGGUUGCACAGGUCAAAUUCAUGAGCAGACCACAAGACAUUAUGCGUUUCGCCGUUGCUGCCGUUGCCCUCGCUGGCGCUGCCAUUGCCCAGGAUGUUGCGGAGGAGGCUCACUCCACCGUCUACUCUACUGAGUACUACACCGUCACCUCCUGCGUCCCUGAGGUGACCGACUGCCCUGCCAGCGCCACCGUUGUCACCAGCUCCGUCUUCCCCAUCACCACCUCUACCAUCUACGCCACCUCGACCUACACCGUCACCGACUGCGCUGAGACCGUGACCGACUGCCCCGCUGAUGCCACCCACGUCGUCACCGAGACCAUCGCCGUCUCCACCACCGUCUGCCCCGUCACCGACGUCGAGCCCACCCCCAUCGCCACCAGCUCGCACCACUACUCCAACACCACCGCUGUCGAGCACCCUCCCUACCCCACCUCCGGCCACGAGGAGCCCACCAAGCCCGCUCCCAUCCCCACCUUCGUCACUGUUGCUCCUGAGUGCCCCGGCACCUCCAUCAAGACCAUCAGCACCUCCAUCACCACGGUCAUCCCCACCGUCAUCUACGAGACCGUCGAGGUCCCCUGCCCCACUGGCGGCCCCGGUGCUCCCGGCGUCCCUGCUCCCUCCGGCGCCGUUCCCACCGGUGGCGUUCCCUCCGGCACCACUCCUCCUCCGCCUGUCUUCACCGCCGGUGCCUCCACCGUCGGUGGCAGCAUUGCCCUCGCCGCCUUUGCCGGUGUCCUUGCUCUCCUUGCUUAA